CACACACACGCACACACACAGUUUUGUGAGGGUGUGGUCUGUGGGGACAGGGUGAGGCUCGGUAGUUAAAUACCCUCCUCGCGAUUCUCAAACACUGUCAGUCUGUGUGCAGCUGCCUCAGGUAAACUCAGAUCACAGUCGAGCAACAUGAAUCUGGAAGACGCUCUCGGUGGUUGGCCCUCUGGUGGGGACAACAACCCGCCCACCAAUCCCACCUGGCCAGGUCAACCUGCUGCCAACCCCACCUGGCCUGGAGCUCCCGCUGCAGGUGGAGGUGCCUGGCCUGGAGGUCCUGCUGCAGGUGGAGGUGCCUGGCCUGCAGGUCCAGCUGCAGGUGGAGGUGCCUGGCCUGCAGGUCCCGCUGGAGGUGGAGGUGCCUGGCCUGGAGGUCCCGCUGCAGGUGGAGGUGCCUGGCCUGCAGGUCCCGCUGGAGGUGGAGGAGCCUGGCCUGCAGGUCCCGCUGGAGGUGGAAGUGCCCAGCCGAGCCAACCUGGAUGGCCCUCUCCUUCACCAGGACCAGGACCAGGACCUGGACCGAUGGUUGGACCUGGACCUGGACCUGGACCUGGCUAUGCCCCCCAACAGAAUCUGGCGGUUCCGUACAAACUGGAUCUGCCCAGCGGAGUUCAUGACAAAAUGCUCAUCACUAUCAAUGGAAUCAUCAAACCAAGAGCUGACAAGAUCACAAUUGAUUUUCACGCAUCCAACGAUCUGGCCUUCCACUUCAACCCUCGCUUCAAUGAGGACGGCAGGAAGGUGAUCGUCAGAAACAGCUGCAUCGGCAAGCAGUGGGGGAAAGAGGAGAGAGAGCAUCAGACCUUCCCCUUCCAACUAGGGCAGCCAUUCGAGAUGAAGAUCAUGUGCACCAACAAAGAGUUUAAAGUCGCCGUCAACCACAGUCAUCUCCUGAGUUUCCAUCACCGAGUCAACAACCUGAGAUCCAUCAAUAGAAUCAACAUCUACAACGACCUCUCCUUGACCAACGUCAAGGUGGAGAGCAUGUAAAUCCAAAGAGGAGUGUCAGUGAUUACAACAUAUUUCUUAAAUAUCUUUAAAACAUAACACAUCAACAGAGGGUUCUCAGUGUAUCUUGUAUUACUUGUCUUCAUGUAUUACACUAUACAUUUACAAUAUAAAUAAAGUGUUUAACUUA